GAGCCACGGAGGCUAUGCAGUAUGCCGGAUCUGACUUCUGCAGAUCUGUGCUUGGUCAUGCCAAACCCUUCUUCGCGAUUGAAUACCGAGAUGAAAAUUCAAUCACUGCUGACGACUUUUAUUGGAGGCAGAUGUCCUGCUUGGCCAAGGUCGACGCAUUUCCUUCCUACAUUCCCUUCAUCAUCGAAGUACUCAGCGCUGCGCACGAUUACUUCUUCCACGGAGCAACCAAGAUCUUCAGAAACCUUCGCCGAGCAUCACUCAUUUGGCAUGGCGCUCUGGUAGUUCAGUCUCUGUACGGCAUAGGUGGCGAUCUGAACAUCGUCACUGACGACUGUGGACCCAUCUACAAAUAUCAAAAUGAGGAUACCUACGAUCCUGAGGAGUUUGCCUUCUUCAAGACAAUGCUGAUCACCAUGGGCGGUCUCACCAGAAACGUCAAGUCCGCCCACUACGCACAUGGCUUGGCAACCUACAACCAGAACUGCAUCAUGUUGGCAAUUGCACACCUGUAUUGUGCUGCCAGAUCUCACGGCCUCAUUGCAAAAGGCGAAACCUGGGUCGACAUGGAGUUUUUCCUCAAUAAAUUCAUUCCGCCCGGAAGCGUCCGCAAUCUGCAGGACCAUGCCUACGGACUUGGAUACGGCAAGAACUGUGACCCGAAAUCUAUCCUGACUGCUUUCCUUCUUGGAGUUGGGGUCCCCAAGCGGCUUCUUGGCAUGGAUCGCUCAGAGUUGAUCAACGGGAUCCAUGAAUAUCGCCUCAAGUCUGAUGUUAAGCAUGUUCAGAUCACUCCUACCUCAGAUGUCUGGAUCCUGAGCCACGGCAAGCAUUUGAAUGCAUUCCACGAGCCUCGCGUCGGCCAACUGGAUAUCUACCAUCGUCUCUUCCGCUCCGAAACCCCAGGCAUGCAAGAGCUCAUCGACAAGAUGGGCGAACACGAGAUCCAGCAAGACGAUCUACUGAACUUUGAUCUCAAGCCCCUUCUCAGCAUUGUCAAGGGAAGCCGGUUGGAUAAUGGUCAUGGCAACGUCCUUCGUACAGUUGCAGAGACUCUGAACAAGUUUGCUAAGAGUGGUGAUCCUGGACAUGUCAGAGCAAUCUGGAAAGAGUUGGUCCCUGGAAUCAAGGAAUCUGGAAGUCAGGCCACAAACGGACUUCUUGAUUGGAAGGCUUCCGUCAAGCAAUUCGGCCCAUAUUGCGGCAGUGUGGCUGUCAAGGAGCACAACGAGGGCAUUAAGAUCGUGGCAGAAAGAUUGGCUCUCUUGCGCUUAUCUGUCCAAACACCCGAAGAACGCGAGCUGCUGCACCACUCGGAGAAGGUCUACGACACCAUACUGAGAAAGAAGGGCGAGAUCGAAGCGUUCAUCACCAGGUCCACACACGAGGAGCGCGGUGACCUGCUUGACACCGUACAAAACUGAAAGACAAUAUUCCGAGCCUUCAUCGUCAACAGAUCCGACCAAUUAUCGGUAUGUAGACUGGCCAGGCCUCAUCAGAAUUGAGACCAUCCAUCUUGCGUUCCUCACACGAUAUUGAAAGAGCCAGAUCUCCAUGACUUGAAGCCUGCGCUUCAAGCCACCAGGAGAUUUCACAUUGUUCUCACAAGAUCUGAGGCUUUUCUUCCAGAG